AAAAGGAGUUGUCCCAUCAGCCAUAAUUGCCACCAGAAGUAGAAUAAUUCAUCUCAUCUCUUCUUCCAGGACCACUGGAGUCGCCUGACGUCCGUUUUCCAUCAUUAUCUUCUGCUGGGGUGUCAGGUGCUCCUUCCUCCUGCUUGUGCUUCUCGCCUGCUCCAGGUACAACUGGAACGCCAUCGCAAGCAUUUCAAAGAACCCAGCGAGCUCAGAGCUCUGGCAUAGCCAUGGAUCUCCCCCACUCCGUCGAGAACGACCAUGAGAGGAAGAGGAAGCAGGAGGAGGACAACUCCCAGUCCCUAAACCUUCGUAACCUCUCUAAGCUCAUGCUUCCACCUCUCGGCGUCUCAAGCUACAACCAAAACCAGAAUGACCGUCCAGGGAGGAUCAUUUUGCCUAUGGACACCAGAUACAGGUGCUGGGAGACGUUCAUGGUCGUGAUGGUGGCCUACUCUGCGUGGGUGUACCCAUUCGAGAUCGCCUUCAUGAAUGCCACACCCAAGGGCGGCCUCUUCAUCGCUGACAGCAUCAUCGAUGUCUUCUUCGCCACCGACAUCAUCCUUACCUUCUUCUUGGCGUACAUCGAUUCCAGGACGCAGAUCCUUGUUCGUGAUCGAAGGAAAAUUGCCGUCAGGUACUUGUCAACAUGGUUCAUCAUGGAUUUGGCAUCAACGAUUCCUUUUGCGGGCUUGGGCUACCUAAUAACAGGCAGAGUCAAAGCAGGAGUCUCUUACAGUCUAUUGGGAAUGUUUAGGCUUUGGCGACUUAGGAAGGUGAAGCAAUUUUUUACAAGACUUGAAAAAGACAUCAGGUUCAGCUAUUUCUGGAUAAGAUGUGCUAGACUCCUAUUUGUUACCUUUUUCCUAGUACACUGUGCUGGAUGCCUCUAUUAUUUGCUUGCUGAUCGUUACCCACAUCAAGGGAAGACAUGGAUUGGUUCAGUGAUGCCAAACUUCAGGGAAGAUGAUCUGGGGAUGCGAUACAUUGCUUCCAUUUACUGGUCCAUAUCAACAAUGACGACAGUUGGAUAUGGUGAUCUCCAUGCAGUUAAUACAAGAGAAAUGAUCUUUAAUAUAUUCUAUAUGCUUUGUAAUCUUGGCCUCACGGCCUACUUGAUUGGAAAUAUGACCAACUUGGUUGUUGAAGGAACUCGGCGCACAAUGGAAUUUAGAAACAGCAUUCAGGUUGCAUCUAACUUUGUAUGCAGAAACCAUUUACCACCGCGUCUAAGAGAGCAGAUAUUGGCUUACAUGUGCCUUAGAUUCAAAGCAGAGACCUUAAACCAACAACAUCUGAUGGACCAGUUACCGAAAUCAAUAUGCAAAAAUAUUUGUCAGCACCUCUUCCUGCCAACUGUUAAGGAAGUGUAUCUCUUUAAAGGUGUCUCAAGGGAAACACUGCUAUUCCUGGUAACUAACAUGAAAGCCGAGUAUCUUCCACCUAGAGAGGAUGUCAUCAUGCAGAAUGAGGCACCAGAAGACGUAUAUAUUAUUGUAUCAGGUGAAGUUGAAAUUGUUUAUUCAGAUAAUGAGACAGACCAAGUUGUAGGAGGGCUCAGGACAGGUGAUAUUUUUGGAGAAAUUAGUGCUCUCAGUAAUAGGCCUCAAAGCUUUACAUUCCGCACUAGAACAUUAUCUCAACUACUGAGGUUAAAGCAAAACACCUUACAAGAAGUCCUACAAACUAAACAAGCUGAUGGCAUUGUUAUCAUGAAGAAUUUUCUUAAGCAUCAAAUAGAGUUGGAGGACACGAGUGAUCUUGUGGGGGACACUGGAGAAAAAGAUGGAGCUAAUAUACCAUGCAGUCUCCUAACAGUGGCAGCUACUGGAAAUAGUUCUUUGCUUAAUAAACUCAUGAUAGCUGGAAUGAACCCUGAUGUCCGCGACUCUAGAGGAAGAACACCAUUGCAUAUAGUAGCAUCGAAAGGAUAUGAGGAUUGUGUCCUAGUUCUACUCAGCCAUGCUUGCAACAUCCAUGUACAAGAUGCGGAAGGAAAUACUCCAUUAUGGAAUGCCAUCGUCGCAAAGCACCACAAAAUUUUCAGUCUUUUGCACCAAUGUGCAUGUGUUUCCAAUCCCUAUACCAGCGGUGAUCUUCUUUGCCUGGCAGCUAAAAGAAAUGAUCCUUCCACUAUGAGGGAGCUGUUAAAACAGGGUCUAGACAUAAACUCCAUAAACCAUGAAGGCUUCGCAGCUCUGCAAAUAGCAAUUGUUGAAAAUCACGAAGAAAUGUGUAGGCUCCUGAUCAUGAAUGGGGCCAACAAAGAGAAACUAAAUUCACAUGGAAGUGGAGCAAGGGAAAUAAACAAGGAAACGCUGGAAGAAAUGAACCAGCAAAAUCAUGUAGGACAUUCAACUACGUCAAAUACAAUGAUCAAGAAAGAGAAGAUGUCGAACAUGCAAGAAAACAGAUAUGCCCCAAGGAUUAGCACGUACAAGGGGCAUCCGCUACUCAGAAAUAGCAGUUCAGAAUCUGGAAAGUUAAUAUUUCUGCCAAGCACCAUGCAAGACCUCAGAGAAACAAUUGGCAAGAAGUUUGGUAUUGAUGCAAGAAACAAAAUAUUGAUAACUGAAGAUGGUGCAGAGGUAGAGACAAUUGAUGUCUUGAGAGAUAAUGAUAAACUUUUCGUCGUUGAGGAUGAAGAAUUUAUGCUCGUAGACAAGAAAUUCAAAGAUUUCUGUUCCCAAUCAGAUUCUGAAGCGGCCUAGGGGUCAGAGUGGCUCUAGAGAUGUAUGCAGUCAGUUACUUUGCAAAGUUUUUCAGUAAGCUUUGUAAACAUAUGAGCAUAAUGUGAGCAAUCAAGGUAGCCAAAAUCUUCACAUGUCAAUGUGGACGUUUGGAAGAUAGUUGAAUGUAAUUUGCUGUACCUUAUGAAGAGCAUUGAGAAACA